ACGCAGCUCAAUCUCACGUGUCCGGUGCGGUAUCCUGGUCUUAUCGGGUCUGACAGCUUACUGCCCUCCGCACCCGCAAUUCCUCACCUCGAGGCGAACGCCCCUCGUCGCCGGCGACCGAAGCAGGACUCUCAGCCUCACCGGGCCGGCGUCGCCGAGGGCGCCCUUGUCAGGUUCCGGCCGGUCUGAACCUGACAGUCCGUCCGGCGGAGAAAGCGGCGAAGAUGGCGAUGCGGCACCUCGUCACGGGCCAGAACAACUGCGCCCCGGAUGGCGCGUCGUCGUCCAACCCCUUCGGCGCCCUCGCCAACGCCGUCCUCGGCCAGUCUUCCAAGGCGCAGUCAAUAAAGGAACUUCCUGGCGCUUCUGUUAGUGUUCCAUCUACAUCUGAUUUUAACACAGCUGCUCCCUUGUCAACCAUACCCGGUUCAGAGAAUGAGUUCAAACAAGAUCAACGACCACUUGCACGGGGUGCCGACUUCAUUCGUGGGGGUCCUGCUAAUGAUUGGGUUGAAUCUUUUCGGCCUCCGGGGCUCCCUGAAUUUGGAGGAGCAGAAUCACGCUUUGCAGAAUUUGAUCAAAUUUAUAACAAUACAGGCACAACCUUUGGACCGCCCUUGGAUGGUCCACCACAAAGGUUGUUGUCUGGUGUCUUGCAUUCUUUUCUUGCAAGUGGCCGGGCUGGUGUGCCAUUUCAACCUGUUCCAGUACCAGCACUUGGGUUAUCUGAAAGUGACAAACAAUGCAUACGUGAUCGUAGCUGCAUAAUGGCACGUCAUGUUUUGGCUGACCAACCUGAAGAGUAUAUACAGGCCCAGGUCAAUACGUUGCUGCAUUCGCUUGAUAUUGGCAAUGAUUAUCGAAUGAGAGGCCCCAUGCAUGGACCAUACCCAGAGCUGGAGGAGUAUUGGAGUCAGUCCCAAAGUGCUAUGAGAUCUGCCCCAAUGCAUAAUUCUGCAGAUAAAUGGAUUACUGAGUUCGGCAAGCAAAAUAGUAGCCCAGAAGAUUGGGCAUACUCUUUUGAGCAGCAAUAUGGUCCCAGUGGUUGGGCCUCUGAAUUUGAACAGCAUCAGUCUCAGAUGGCCAUGGGUCAUAUGGGGGGAGCGAACAUGGCAAACCUGGCUGCUAUGGAGCAAUCCCGUAUGCUUGCACAAACAUUAGCAAGUAAUAAUGAUCCAAAGUUUCAGAAUUCUAAGUUCUUCCAGUUUGUUUCAAAGAUGAGCCGUGGUGAACUUAUUAUAGAAGAUAAUCAAGUAAAACAAGGUUCAGCAUCCCAAUCCAGUGGCUGGGCUGAUGAAUUUCAAACACAGUACAAUUCUAAUGCAAACUCAUGGGCUGAUCAGUUUGUGCAUGAAGAGCUUUCACAGGGAGCGGACAAGUGGGUUAGCGAGUUCUCUAGUGAACAUAAUCAGGGUGGGAUAAAUAAGAACUGGGUUGAUGAGUUCUCGAAAUUAAAUGUCACUGAUAAAUGGGCAGAGGAGUUCAGUGGAGGAGGUUUUGGUGAAAGUUCUGCUGAUCCAUGGGUAGAUGAGUUCCAAGAACAAUUGGUAGCUUCUAAACAAAGUUCAGGUGCUUCUCGAGGGGUUUAUGUCUUUUCUGAGAUGAAUCCGUAUGUUGGUCACCCUAAUCCAAUGCAGGAAGGACAGGAUCUCUUCCACAAGGGCCUCUUAAGUGAAGCUGUUCUUGCUUUAGAGGCUGAAGUUUUGAAGAAUCCUGAUAAUGCUGAAGGUUGGAGGUUGCUUGGAAUAACUCAUGCAGAAAACGAUGAUGACCAACAGGCCAUCGCAGCAAUGAUGCGGGCGCACGAAGCUAAUCCAACAAACCUGGAAGUUCUUCUCUCUCUUGGUGUCAGUCACACAAACGAAUUGGAGCAGGGAGAAGCAUUAAGAUAUCUUUAUAGGUGGCUUCAGAAUCAUCCAAAAUAUGGGGGCCUUGCCCCUCCACAGUCAACUGAUUCACCUUAUGGUCCUGAUGUUGUUAGAUUGUUUAAUGAAGCUGCUCAGAUGUCACCUGAAGAUGCUGAUGUCCAUAUAGUUCUGGGAGUUUUAUACAACCUAUCAAGAGAAUAUGAUAAAGCUAUAGCUUCAUUUAAGACAGCACUACAGCUCAAACCACAGGACUAUUCGCUCUGGAACAAGCUUGGUGCAACCCAAGCAAACAGCAUCCAAAGUGCUGAUGCAAUAUUGGCAUAUCAGCAGGCUCUAGACUUGAAACCCAACUAUGUGCGUGCAUGGGCCAAUAUGGGAAUUAGCUAUGCCAACCAGGGUUUGUACGAAGAUUCUAUUCGAUACUAUGUAAGGGCAGUUGCGAUGAAUCCAAAAGCUGACAAUGCCUGGCAGUACAUGAGGAUUUCCCUUAGUAAUGCUUCACGAGCUGAUAUGAUUGCUGCAUGCGAUUCCCGCAACCUUGACGCCCUUCAGAAAGAGUUUCCUCUGUGAGUCCAUUGUAGACAUUAGCACGUCCAGCAGCUCGUCAUUCAGGAAAGCAAGCAGCAAACUGGCACGGCGCAUGGUAGUAUUUGUUGCACUCAUCGAAAUGUAAUUGGAAACCAGUAGCCUUUGUGUUGUUCUGAUUCUUGUUUAUGUAUGUUGAUUCUUCUAUUUAACAAGAGGGGGAAUGUAUAGGCACUCGGGAACAACACCCAAUUGUAGAUGUGAAAUACCAUGGCAAAAGGCAAUGGUGGCAAACGAGAGACAACAUCUGUAGUUACAGACAGACAGGAGUCAGGAGGCACAAAAGGAAUUAAAAAAAUGAUCGAAUACAUUCUUUAUUUCGAGGGCAGAACCUCUGCUUGUUCAAUAAAGUAAAAGGAAAUGAAAUGUGGAGUGCUUCUUGGUCGUGUA